AUGCACGAAGAUCAAGGGAAUCAACAUCAACAACAUCUCCCUGUGGCUACUUUUGACUGGCAGAAGUUCAUCUGGCGUGAAACGACAUCACCGAAACUGAAAAUCUUCCUGUGGAGGUUGUGUCGGGGAGCUCUCCCACUCGGGGCAAACCUUCGUUGUCGGGGAAUCAACACGCCGGGCCUCUGCCCUCACUGUAACGAGGAUGAAACGGCGCUGCACCUGUUUUUGCUAUGUCCUUUUGCGGCUCAGGUGUGGGAAAGAGCCCCUUACGUUACCCAGCCUAACUUCUCUGAUGCGGAAACACUCCAUGAUGCCUUUCUGCUCAUGUCGACAAUGGUGAGUCUCCCGCCCACAGGGGUGUCAACGUGCCUCACCUCCUGGCUUCUGUGGAAUAUAUGGACUGCUCGGAACUUGCUAGUCUUCGAAAACAGACAGAUCCCGGCGACUACCGUGGUUUCCAAGGCAUGCUCUUCUGGUCGUGAAUGGUUACAGGCACAGGUGCCGACAUCCACACAAUUGUGA